UUUGAGCAGCGCUGGCGUGCAGCUCGGGCGCGAACGGUCGGCGCGCAGCGGUUGCGAAGGGCGGCAGGCGGCAGGGCGCAACGCAGGGCGCGCUACCCGCGUCAAAGCACCGGGCCGACAUCUUGUGGCGCGGGUGGUUCGUGGCGCGGCGUAGUGCGGGUGCAGCAGCGGCGGCGGCAGCAGCGGUGGCUACAGCGGCGCGCGCUGCCUGGAUCAUGGGCCGCACUGGCCCGCCAUAGGCCCGCCAGGCGCAGCCCGCGCAGCCCAUAAGCGCCAUAGAGGUUCAGUCUGGCGCGCCGUGGCGAGGUUCGAACCUCGGCGGCGGCCUUCCGGUGAGCGGCGCGAGCGCUGAGUGGCGGCAGCGUCGCCUGGGCGUCGUUGGCGUGCCUUCGCGUGGCGCCGUCGGCCCGUCGUAUAUUCCUGUGCGCGGACGGACAUAUGGCAGCCAUGACGGACAAGGAGGAGAAGAAAAAGGAGCGGCACGAGGAGGACGAGGAGGAGGACGACGGCGAUGACGGCGACGAGGACGAGGAGGAGGAGGAGGACGACGUGGAGGAAGAGGCAGAGGAAGAGGAUGACGAGGACGAGGGAGAAGGAGAUGGCGAUGAGAGGUCCCCGGGAGCAGCUUCCGUCGGCGCCGACGAGGGAGUCGGUGCGGAGAAGCGGCGGGGCAGGUGCAAGUGGUUCAACGUGGCCAAGGGCUGGGGCUUCAUCUCCCCCGAUGACGGCGGACAAGACAUCUUCGUCCACCAGAGCGUGGUGCAGAUGUCAGGCUUCCGCUCGCUGGGGGAUGACGAGGAGGUUGAGUUCGAGUGCAAGGUGUCCGACAAGGGUCUGGAGGCCACCGUGGUUACUGGCCCCGACGGUGCUGACUGCCAGGGCUCACAUCGCCGACCUGCGGCAAAGAAACGGUUCCGGAAAAUCAGCAGGUGUUACAAUUGCGGAGAAUUCGCCAAUCACAUCGCGGCGAAGUGCACCAUGGGCCCCCAGCCCAAACGCUGCCACCACUGCAAGUCUGAGGACCACCUAAUCGCAGACUGCCCAACACGCAAGGACAAGAAGGAGGGCAAGGAGGACGGCGAGGAAGUAAAGGACAUCAAGGAGGAGAAGGGUGAGGAAAAGAAGGAGGAGAAGAAGGAAGACAAGAAGGAAGAAAAGAAGGAGGAGAAAAAGGAAGAGAAGAAGGGUAAGGGAGGAAAGAAGGGAGAGGAAAAGGAAGUCAAAGCUGCGGCGCCGGCCGCCCAGCAGGCAGCCUCAUAAAUUAGGUAAAUUAAUUGGGCCAGUAAGUAGCCAAGAACUGGUCCCGUAUCGAAAAGAAUCUAAGCAAAAUUGAUGUUCAUUUUCUUCUAUGUAUGUGUCCAAUCUGAAAUUCGUAAACCGUGUGUAUGUUUAUGUGUCUCUGUCUUACCUGUCGUUUGAGUGGUGAUUCUGUCUGUUCUUCAGUGUACAUAAUUUGUGUUGUCUGUAAUUCGGACCUUAUCUCUAAGGGUCACUUAGGCCCUUAAACACUUGGCCUCGCUGCAGUGCAGCGUUCUAUUUGCCCGCAGGAUAUUCCUGACUCGAAAAUUUAAAAGACCGUUCUUUUUGUGACGGCAAUCAAAACUAAGUUAAUUCAGUGUGUCUCGAGUUAUCGAGGCACCCUAUCUACAAAGGUGUGUGACGUAGUUCCUUAGCCAAUUGUUCUUCUGUAUGUGCCAUGUCUGUACGCCAGAAUCGUGCCACGUUGGCCAUUUUAAAGCCCCCCUUCCCUAUUCCCCUCGCUGGACGUGCAGGGGACAAUUAACCUGGAGUUCAACAAAACAUCGGAGGAUAAUUACAGCGAAGUACAAUUUUCUUUUUUUUCGGAGAUAUUAAUGAUAAAUAAUUUUAAAUCAUUUUAACACACUCGCUGGCAGGCUAUUUUUUUGAAAACUGUAACGCGACGAUGGCGCUCAAGUUUGACAGCGAAUGUGUUGAGGC